AUGGCGACUGUCAUUCACCUGAGAUCCGAGACCAAGCCCUUUGAGAGGCGCUCUCCCCUGUCGCCUCAGACGGCCAAGGCGCUCAUCGACGCCGGCUACGUCCUGCGGGUGGAGGAGUCGACGGACCGCAUCUACAAGGACGACGAGUUUAAGGCCGUCGGCGCCGAGAUCAUCCCCGCCGGCUCCUGGGUCAACGCGCCGCUUGACCACAUCAUCCUGGGCCUGAAGGAGCUUCCUACUGACGGCUCGCCUCUGCCGCACACCUUCAUCCACUUCCACCACUGCUUCAAGAAGCAGGACGGCUGGGCCACCGAGCUCUCCCGCUUCGCCAAGGCCGGCGGCCUUCUGUACGACCUCGAGUUCCUCGUCAACGAGCGCGGCCAGCGCGUCGCCGCAUUUGGCUGGAGCGCCGGCUUCGCCGGCACCGCCCUCGCCCUGCUCUCCUGGUCGCACCAGCUCCUCCACCCCGGCGUGCCGCAGCCCGCCGUCCCCGCCUUCGACUCCGCCGCCGACCUCAUGGCGCUCGUGCGGUCCUCCCUCGCCGAGGCGCUGCCCCUCAACGGCGGCGCCCACCCGCGCCUCAUGAUCAUCGGCGCCCUCGGCCGCUGCGGCUCCGGCGCGGCCGCCGCCUGCGAGGCCGCCGGCAUCCCGGAAGCGUCGCUCAUCAAGUGGGAUCUAGCGGAGACGGCCCGCGGUGGGCCGUUCGAGGAGAUCACCGCUGCGGACGUCCUGGUCAACUGCGUGUACCUGGGCGCGCACCGCGUGCCGCCGUUCACCACGCUGGAGACGCUGUCGACCAAGGAGCGCCGCCUGCGCGUCAUCUGCGACGUCAGCUGCGACCCCAACAGCGAGAACAACCCGAUCCCCGUGUACGCGGGCUACAGCUCGUUCGACAGCCCGACGGUAGCGCCCAAGGCCCCGCUCGAGGGGCCGGAGCUGCGCGUCAUCGCCAUCGACCACCUGCCGACUAUGAUCGCGCGCGAGGCCAGCGACGAGUACUCGGGACUACUGCUGCCGAGCCUGCUCGAGGUCAAGGACCGCCACACCGCGGGCGUGUGGACGCGCGCGGAGAAGACGUUCCGGGACCGCGUUGCCGAGCUGCCUUAG